AUAAAGCCGUUGUGAGGCUCGCUGCAACAAGCCGGUAGUUUCAGUUCACACAGAAACCACGGUGGAGUCGAUCGCGUAUAGCCGGAGUCUUCUGAGAAAGGAGACCGAAAACCAAGCUGUAGACAGUUAUAUGUCGUUUCCUGUGGAUGAUAAUAACAAAUGGCUCGUCGGUGAUGUACUUUCAAUAUCUACAAGACCUUGGGGGUUGAUAUCCAGAAUCUUUUUGGACAUCAUCCCGGUAUUGUAUUUUUGACCGGAAGCAUUUGAUGAUGGAUUGGAACCUUCCCACACCUUGAAAUAAGUCCUACCCGGAUCGAAUUACGUUUCCUACCUAAAGCACCGAGCUCACCACCUCCGCCCCUGGAACAGGUGGAAACGUGUCAUUUAUUUUUUGUUGUCACCACCCACCUGGAAGUGGCAUGGGUAACCAGGUUGAGAAACUGACACAUCUGACUUAUGACAAUGUUCCGACCGCGGAUCCCAACGGGUUUGACACGGAGGAUGAGCUGGGGCCCCGGAUCGGAGUGUCCUAUAUCUUCUCCGCGGACGACGACGAACAAGAGGAACGUGUUGACGGACCGGACAAGGAUCAGAACGAGGAAGGGAAACAAUACGAUAACUGCAACGAGCUGGAGUGUGUUGUGUACUACCGUGAUGAAUCUGUGUACGAGAAGAAUCUCAAACUCUCUGAUAUGAGCACGUAUUCGACUGAGAAUCUUUUAAACAAGUGCAUACCGGGGGAUUUGGUGGAGUUCGUGGCUACGGGCCAGUACCCUCACUGGGUUGUGUAUGUGGGCGACUUUCAGGUCGUUCACCUGCACCGGGCUGAAAUUAAGAAUAAUUUCCUGACAGAUGCCAGUCAGGGAAAGAGAGGCAGGAUAGUUAACGGGCUGUAUAAAUUCCGCGCUCUGCCUCCGGAGGUGGUGGUGCAGAACGCGGUGCAGCAAGUAGGAACGAGAGACCGAGAGCUGUACUGGAGGAAUUCUGAGUGCUUUGCUGCGUGGUGCCGGUUCGGGAAGAGGGAAUUUAAAAUAGGAGGAGAGAUCCGUAUCGGAAAGCAGCCCUACAGGUUGAAAAUGUUGUUUUCUGAAAAGAAAAGUCACGUCCUUGAAUUUCAGAGUUUUGACGACUUGAUCAUGGAGAAGAGGAGAAACGAUCAGAUAGGCAGAGAUGCGGUGACGCAAGAGUUAGCGAACCAUCUCAACGCAACUGAUGCGGAAAUUAAGGACGACUUUCAUCAGAGUGUAAACUGAAAGACCCCAAGAGAAACGGAUGGUAAUGACCAGUGGAGGACUUGGGCAGCGUUCAGCUUCAGGAUACAGGAGCCCACGUGACUAGAACACUGUUGGAAAUCCUAUUUUGUUUUUUGGCGCAAUUCCGUGCGCCUUUUUAUGCAUACCAACGCAUUUAUAUUGGUUUGAGACGAAGUAGCAACUCAACCAAUGAAGUGCAUUUAAUUUACCAACAGUUUCUACCUUGAGAUAAGGACACCUUGAAACACACAAACAUUCCUGUCUAUACUGAACAAAAAUAUAAACUCAACAUGCAACAAUUAAGGAAUUUACUGAGUUAUGGUUCAUAUAAGGAAAACAGUUGAUUGAAAUAAAUGGAUUAGGCCCUAGUAUAUGGAUUUAGGGUCUAAUGUUCACUAUCGGAUGUAAACAAAUAUAUCUGUUGGUCACAGAUACAUAUUUUAUUUUUAAAUGAGCCUCAGGAUCUCGUCACGGUAUCUCUGGACAUUCCAAGUUGCCCUCAAUUUAAAAUGCAAUUGUGUUCGUUGUGUCCGUAGCUUAUACCUGCCCCAUACCAUAACCCCACCGCCACCACGGGGCACUCUGUUCACAACGUUGACAUCAGUAAACCGCUCGCCCACACGACGCCAUACACGUGGUCGGUGGGUUUUUUGAGGUUGGUUGGACAUACUGCCAAAUUCUGUAAAAACAACGAUGGAUGUGGGUUAUGUUUGAGAAAUCAAAAUUCAAUUCUCUGAUAUCAGCUCUGGUGGACAUUCCUGCAGUCAGCAUGACAAGUGUACGCUCCCUCAAAACUUGUGACAUUGUGUUGUGUGACAAAACUGCACUUUUUUUUGUGUGUGUGGCCUUUUUAUUGUCCCCAGCACAAGGUGCACCUGUGUAACGAUUGUUCUGUUUAAUCAGCUUCUUGAUAUGCCACACCUGUCAGGUGAACAGAUUCUCUUGGCAAAGGAGAAAUGUUCCCUAACAGGGAUGUAAACAACUUUGUGCCAGAAAAUGUAUAUGGAACAUAUCUUGUCUCCUUUUAUUCCAGCUCAUGAAUCAUGGGAACAACACUUUUACACAUCGCAAUUUUAUAUUUUUGUUCAGUGUAGCUUCAAGUCGUCCCAUAUGGACUGGUCACUGUUGUUUUCUACCGCUCUGAAGAGGAGCAAAGCCUUUCCUAUAGCCUUUCAUAUCUGGUUGUUUCACAACGUGCUCCUGGACAACCCCUGGGGUUUUAGACCAAUGGAGAGGGAGCAGAACAUCCUCCUGGACAACCCUGGUGUUUUAGACCAAUGAACAGGGAGUAGAACAUGCUCCUGGACAACACCCAGUGUUUUAGACCAAUGGAGAGGGAGGGAGCGGAACAUGUGAUCCAUUUGACAUUUCACUUUCCGGAUUCCCUACUGUGACUUUAUGAUUCCCUUUCUGACCUGUCUGACUGGUUAUUGUAUUCACAACCACAACUCUGUGUGUCCCAAAUGGCUCCCUAUAUAGUGCACUACUUUUGGCCAGAGGCCUAUGGUCCCUUGUCAAAUGUAGUGCACUACUAUACGGGGUGCCAUUUGGGAUGUUUCCUGGCUGCACUUUAAUUGAGUCUAUUAUUGAUUUAAUGGUUUUUUUUUGUUGUUUUUUUGGGGAAGUGAAUGUUUGUAUGAGGAAAUAUAUGGAAAUAAAUAUCUAUUUAACCUAAA